AUGCAAGGAGGGGACGCCAUGGAGGAGGAGGAGGCGCAGGGAGACCUGAGGAGACCAGGGAGAAGAAGAGAGGAAGGGGAUCAGAACGAGAGUCCGCACGUCUUCGACUACAUGCAUGAGGUUGCGCUCGUUGUGCGAUCGUGCUUCGGGCUAGUUACAUGGAACUUCUGCAGAUCAAGACCGGAGAAGGGAGGUUUGCCGCCCAUGCUACUCGGAUCAAAGGCCCGUGCUCUUCAUGCUCCAUGGGGCUGGUCAGUCAUCAUGGAGCUGGAGCCGACUGGGCAAGGAGCUCCGUCAGAAAUGAGCUGCCCAGUAGUGCUCGUAGGCCACAGCCUAGGUGGAGCUAUUGCUGUCGAGAUCGCCCAAAAGGAACUUAUACACAAUCUGAAAGCGAUCGUAAUUAUAGAAACCUCAGAGGGAUUGGUGAAAGACAGCAUGUCGAGAGCAAGGCAGUUCUUGGACAGGAGGCCGACUCGGUUUGGCAGCGUAGACGAGGCGGUGAACUGGGCUAUUGAUUCAGAAAUCUACAAGAGUAGAGAGGCUGCAGAAUCAUCUGUCCCGAGGAUGUUGGUUGAGGAUGGUGAUGGGUGGGUUUGGAAAACCAACCUUUCGGAGAAGUUAGAAGAUGCGAGCAAAUGGAAAUGUCAUAAGUUGGUGAUUGUCUGUGCCAAGGAGAGUCUAGACUGCAACCUCAUGGAGUUUGAGCAGCAUUCAAUAAUGGAAAAGCUCACUGAGAUCAACCAGGCGGAGAUUAUUCCCGGCGGUCAUAUGAUACACGAAGAAAGACCAAAGGAUGUAGCAAAGCUUAUCAUCAACUUCCUGAGCCGAUGGAAGCUUUUAACGCCUGUGCAAGGCAAGCCGACCUCGCCUUAA